CUACCGUGAGCGUUACCCAACACUGACGAAAUCUACGCAGAGAAAAAGUGAAUUUCUACGGAAACAAUAACAAUAGAUAUAAAUGCGAUGCUCUUGCUGUAAUGGCAAGUAGCUCCAGCUCCGACGAAAGCUGCAAGGCGCCCGAUAACUUCCGCAUUUCCACGGACUCCACAAAUGGCGAGGAAGAAGAGGCUAGCGAUGUCGCAGGAUACACAACAAAGCGUAGGCCAUUGGCAAAGGAGCUGCUGAAGAAUGCGAGCGAAAAGGAUGCGGGAGCCACCGCGGGGAUGGGUGCCCAUCAAAUGCGGUGCCCACUGUGCCACAGCUGCAGCGCCAGCCGAUUCCACUGUCGCAAUUGCGUCAGAAACGGAAACAUUACUCACAGUCAGGCGGAAAGGCCCGAAAGUCUGACAGAGAAGCAACAGCGUUAUAUUACCCUGCAGGCGGGUCUUAAAACCUUCAGCACGCGCUAUGAACGCCUCAUCGAGCAGCACCGCUCCAACGAGGAUCGCCUGAUGGCCAUCAAGGCCAAGCGGAAGCAACUGGAGCUUCUUCAACAACUAAUCUCUAGCACGGGACAAAAAUUGCGCGUCCUGGGCGAACGGCGCGAUGAACUGCGACGGGCCAAUGCCGAGAAGCGAAAGAACCUGCCCAAAUACCCGGACAAGGUCAAAAUGCUCGAGGAUUACGUGCUGGACAGAGUGGAGAAGAUAGAGAAACUAAGGGAGACCCACCUGGGAUUGCUGGACAGCAUCAAGCAGGCUGCACGAAGGGGCAUCCAGCAACUGGUCACCUAUAUAUUUCCUAUUGCCGAAGUGGUUCUCAAGGAGGAACAGCAGCGGCGAGCAAGCGUGGAGCGUAGCGAGGAGGCGGAAACCAUUGCAGCACUGGCCGAUGCCAAGAACACCUCGUACAUACGCGGUAAAUGGGUUUUCCAUGGCAGUGGGAUCAGUGAGGUCCAGUAUAGGAUAGUGGGUCCUUCGCUUCCCGCCAACGGUGACUACACCGCUUACCUAGACUGGCUGGCAGACAACAAGGAUGAUGUUCCGAAGGCCACGGCCAACGAGAUUACGCCGAGUCGUUUUGAGGCCUACCGUAUUGUGGGCGCUCUUACCUACACGGCGCAGCUGACGCAGUUGCUCAGCUUCUACCUUAACGUGCGGCUGCCGCACAAGAUCGCCUACGGAGACUUUUGCCGCAAGCUGCUUAACGAGGAGCAGUUCCGGCGUAAGAUUUCGAGGCUGAACUCGAACAUUAUGUAUCUGGCCUACACGCAGCAAGUCAAGUUGCGCGCUCUAAACGAACAUCACACACUAGAGAACUUGCUGGCAAUCCUGGAUCUAGAGCGCAGCGAUCUGGGGCGCUUUGGCCAUUUGGACGUCACGAACGCGCCGCUCAUGAAAUCAGUGGAUUCCCUACUAAUCGGCAUCGAAACGGCCACGGAAUCGGAGUCUGAGGAUGAAAACUCCCUGCGUAUGGACUGGGAAGCUGUGCCUAGUCUCACUCCGCAGCCGGAAAUGGCGGAUCCCAAUCUGAUGCCAGCGGCCAACCAGCAGUCCACCAUCGCCUUCGUGCGCAUGGCGGCCACAUCGGUUCUGCGCUGGAUCAAAUGAUUCAAGCGCGCCCUCCCAAUCCUCCGGCAAUUUCAUCAUCAGGCACGUGUGUUAUCUUUUACAAAUUAGGCUAAGUGAUUGUUUCUAUGACAGCGUGUCGGAGCUGGUCGGCUGUCGCUGAUUUUAGCAUUAUCUUUCGGUUUACAGAACUAAUUUUUUAUCGAUUCUGUAUACAUUAUCUGCUGUGUAAAGAAGGACCUCCUUUAAUUUACUUUUAUUACAUAACUUAAUUCGCCUUUAUUUAAUAAAAAUGGUUCUCUAUAAAUAAAUAUAUAUAUAUAAAUUUGC